AUGACGCGUGAAUGCCCUAUGCAACUUUGUAACUCUAACCACUAUGGCGCGUCGCAAUCCAACCCACAAGAAUGCGAAAAACGCGGUCGAUCACGCAAAUCUGUUCAAAGUAGAGAUGCAACACCAAAAAAGGUGAAUAUAUCCAAGGACACGGAUGAAGAUUUAGACGACGAGUAUUUUGCUGCUGCGCGUGCUAUGACGCGCUGCUAUGACUUAUUUUGCAAGGUCGAGAAGCUCAUCAAGAUUGGGUGCCUUUUGCAGCAAGACAAGGCUGCCGAUAAGGGAGAUCUCGAGGAAGAUGAGGCCGACAAGGUGUCUUGCAAAAAGAGACUUGAGGGCCUCUCAACUUAUGUACGUGAUCGUUAUAAACGGAAUUAUCAUCAACUUCUUCAACUCGCUCCCGGCUUACGAGCGCUCAUCAACAACAAGAACAAGUCAAAGCAACUUGCUAGGAUCGCACGAAAGAUGAAUGGCAUCAUUAGUGCAACACGGUCUGACGAUUCAACUCGUCUCAAGUCACAAAUCGGCCACUAUGCGGCUCCCUUACCGGCAAAGGAACCUCUAAGCCCACCUGUCAAUAAUGGCACCUCGUCUAGGUCACACUUGGGUGUUAAUCACCCUGUGUUGGCUUCGUUUCUUUGUCCUAUAACAGCGAUCAAAGAUUACCACCAGGAUCCAGCAGAGACGCGAAAAAAAUUGGCAAACGGACAGAUCAUCAUGUCCGCAGCUGAUUUUCCUGCUUAUCUCUGGGAGGGAACUCCACCGGGGGAAAGCUACGACGACGAUUCCAUGACUGAUGGACUUUUCAAAGGGUAUUUUCUCGUCCGCAUCAUGCGUCAUAUAUUCACAGGACCGUCUACUGCCUUAGGUGAAGACUCACGUGCAACGCGUUCCUGCAACGCUUCAUUGCACGACAUGACCACGGUCCAACCAGAACACAUUGCAUAUGCUUGUGUUCAGGCUCGCUUCGGGAUUAGCAGCAGGAAUAAGUGGGCCGAAGUCGACGGCAAAUUCAGCUAUCGAGAGUUCUACCAGAACAUUAUCGACUUUCUCCGAGAAUGCGAAGAUAAGGAUUGGGUAGACGGUCUCUUAAAAUGGUGGAAUAGGAAACUAUUCAAAACUGAACAUGGACGGGAAGGUGCAGUUGACGGAGUCUCCGCUAAUGAUUCUAGCAGGGGCUCCACUGCACCAAUGGACAGCCUCGCCAAGAUGCGGGCACAGAUGUCCGCUCGUGCUAGUGCCGCCAAGAGCUUGGGGGGAGAUCGUGUUCGUAAUCCUCCCAGUUCUCCCACCCCUCGUACUGGUUCUCGUGAUCGUUCUUAUUCUCCUCUUGGCCAUUCUCAUCAUCCUCGUGUUCGUUCCCCUUCACCUCAGAUCCAUUCGCCUGUGCCUCGUGGACGGUCUCCUACUCCUGCGCAUGGCAGGCACUCUCCUGCUUCCCAUGGACGUUCUUUUUCUCCUCACAAGCAUGUCCAUCCUCAUCCGAUUCCGCCUAAACGGGCUGCUCCGAUGGUACCUGACACCACUCGUUCCCCCACCCCACCCCGUCGUCGUUCUCCCACCCCACCCCGUCGUCCUCGUUCUCCCACCCCACCCCGUCGUCGUUCUCCCACCCCACCUCGUCGCCCUCAUUCCCCCACCCCACCCCGUCGUACAUCCCCACGGAAGAACGGCACUCCACCCCGUCAUGCUCGUUCUCCCACCCCAACCCGUCGUACAUCCCCGCGCAAGAAAGGUCCUACUGUUCCCUCUUCACCUGGAUUAAGUGAGUUAACGCAGGAGGAUGAAGAUGAAGAACUCGAAGUCAGUACCAGUAAGAAAGGGAAGUCGGCUGGGAAGAAAGCCAAGGUCGCAGCCAAGGCUGUGGGGAAAAGGAAGCGUGCCGUGGAAUCAGAUGAUGAGCAGCCAUCUGAACCUGCUCGACAUCCCAAACGGCAAGCGCGCCGCCGGAAGUAG